CAAUAAAUCAGGCACACUCUACAACCAUUUGAAGGAAUCAACCAGUCUUAAGGAAAUACACUUCAUUUCACGUGCGAACUCCAUCGGGAUUGUGCAAAGAGUGAUAAUCAAGAUGGCAUUACUGCCAAUGCCUAGCCCCAUAUGUCUGGUGGACAAUGGGCCUGAUGGGAAGAUGAGUGUCCAGCAGGGGGCACUGCAGAUCCUGCAGCAAAUCCAGCAGCCGGUGGUGGUGGUGGCUGUGGUGGGGCUCUACCGCACGGGGAAGUCCUACCUCAUGAACCGACUGGCUGGGAAGCAGACAGGCUUUGCUCUGGGCUGCACCAUUGAGUCCAAAACCAAAGGCAUAUGGAUGUGGUGUGUACCUCACCCAAACAAACCAGGACACACUCUGGUGCUGCUGGACACUGAGGGACUGGGGGAUGUGAACAAGGGAGACUCUGAGCACGACACCCAGAUCUUCUCUCUGUCUGUUCUGCUGAGCAGCACUCUGGUCUUCAACAGCAGAGGCACCAUCGACAACAGAGCAGUGGAGGAGCUGCAAUAUGUCACCGAAUUGGCAGAUUUCAUCAAGAUGAAGUCAUCCGAUGAAGAUGGAGAAGAUACUGAGUUUGUGAAAGUUUUCCCCACGUUCAUCUGGGCUGUGAGGGACUUCACACUACAGAAAAAGAUAGACGAGAAAGAUAUUUCAGACGAUGGCUACUUAGACUUCGCUCUUCAGUUGAAAGCUGGUACUAGUAGGAAAGUGACUGAUUACAACCUUCCUCGGGAGUGUAUCCGAAAGUACUUCCCAUCCAGGAAGUGUUUCAUCUUCCCAUUCCCAACCAAUCCAGAUAAGGUGGAUCUACUGGAUACUCUGAAGUCAUCUGACCUGGAUUCAAAAUUCCUGGAGGUCACAACGCGAUUUUGCGCCUUUGUUUUCGACAAUAGUCCAGCGAAGAAGCUGAGUGAUGGCUACACUGUCAACGGCAGAGUCUUUGCUGGUCUGGUGAAGGUGUAUGUGGACACCAUAGCCAGUGGGGCUGUCCCAUGCCUUGAGAAUGCGGUGGUUGCCAUGGCACAGAUUGAGAAUGAGGCUGCAGUGAAGAAGGGGCUGGCAGAAUAUGAGGGUGGAAUGAUGAAGCUGAAGAGUCGCUUCCCAGUGAUCCUGAAGGAGAUUACUUCAGCACACCAGAGCUUCAACAGCCUUGCCAUUGAGGCUUUCAUGAAGCGCUCUUUCAAAGACGACGACGGGAAGUACAUGCGCUCACUGGAGGAGGCCAUCAAGAAAUCAUUCGGUAGCUUCCUCCAUCAGAAUGAGCAGGCAUCUGUGAAGUCAUGCCAGAGUAUCAUCUCAGACCUGUCUGGCCCAAUGAGAGCCAAAAUCCAACAGGGGGCUUACGCCAAGGCUGGAGGCUACAAGUUCUUUGAAAAGGACCUGGAGGACAUUGUGAAUAACUACAACAUAACAACUGCAGGAGCCGUUAAGGCUGAGGAGGUACUUGAGGAGUUUCUAAAACAGAGAAAACAGGAGUCUGCUGCCAUUCUGCAGGCUGAUAAGAGCCUGAGUAGAAAGGAGAAAGAAAUAUGCAAGCAGCGUGAGCAGGGCCUGCUGAUGCAGCAGAAGAUGCGAGCUGCUGAAGAGCAACAGCGCCUCCUGGAGGAGAAGAUUGAAGCUGAGCGUGAGGGCUCAGAGGAGCGCAUGCGGCAGCUCAAUAGCAAGAUGGAGGAGGAAAUGCAGCGCCAAAAGAAAGAGAACGAUGCAGCCAUGGAAUGUAAACUACAGGAACAGGCUAGGCUGCUGGAACAAGGCUUCAAGGACAAAGCAGACAAGAUGCAACUGGAGAUGAACGAGUUGAGCAGGAAGGCAGAAGAGGCGGCCAACUCGCGCAGUGAGGAGUUUGCAAAGAUGAUGGAGGCCAUGGACUGCAGACACACUGACACCAUGAAGAUGAUGAAGGAGCAGCUGGAUAGCACGCGCGAAAUGAUAAGCAAGCAGAAAUCGAGGAUAGAAGUUGUUGUCAUACCCUGCUGUAUCCAGUAAAACCCAUCAUUAACUGCUCCCACCAUCCUACUCAGUCAUGCUAACAAACCCACCCCAUCCGCUGCACACCCACCAUUCAGGGCUGGACUGGUCCUCUGGCAUACUGGCCAACUCCCGGUGGGUCGAUGCUGCUCAGGGGACGAUGGUGGGAUUUUUUUUUUUUUUACAUCCCAGUACAGCCCUGUGUGUGUGUGUGUGUGUGUGUGUGUGUGUGUGUGUGUGUGUGUGUGUGUGUGUGUGUGUGUGUGUGUGUGUGUGUGCACCAUUACAUCCAGCUCUCCACCCAUUAAUAUAACCACCACUCCACCCAUUAAUGCCACUGUUCCCCUCAAUGGGACCCAAAGAUUAAAAAAAAAUACAAUGAGUGGGAGUCAAAACAAGGUCUCUCUCCUGACUGUCACGGACCCAUUCAUUGUCUUUUUUUGUUGUCUUGGGUACCAUGGAGGAUCAUGUCUUGAGUCCUCUAUACAUGGGUUUACCUUUUGUAAACCAUCCCUGGCUGCACACUGUUCAACCUCUGAUUGUUGGAAAUGGCUGUCGGUCGAAAAAUGAGCUCACAUGGUUGGCUGCUUAGUAUCUUGGCCCUCCUCACAACACGAAUGUUUGUAAACGAAAAUCCCAUGUAUACAGGGCUCCAUUUGGUAGAACUCACCACAUAAUUUCCUGGUCCAGCUUGCCUUAUUGCAUUUCAUACAUGAUGUUUUACAAUUUUUGUAAAGCUCAACCUCAAUAAACACCAGGGAGAACAAAUAUUUUUCUCUGUGACAUGUCUGUUGGUAUUGUGAAACUGAAAA